AUGGCUAAUCCACGACAACGACGAAAACAGCGCUCCUCGACGCAUCGGGCGGUUUCACACUCUCGCCAUGCCCAAACUCAUCUGAAGAAGAUGCCCCCCAUUCGAGGUCCAUUCUCAAGUACACUAACUAAAGUCUGGGACCGAAAAAAAACAGUCAAGCAGAACUACGCUGCGCUCGGGCUUGCUCAUACGCUAAAUCCAUCGGCCGCAGGUGGGGUGGAGCCGACAGAGGGGUCUAAAGAAGCUGGACCUACGCCAUCAAUUCCAAAGGGUCAUGGCCGGAUUCUGCGAGAUGCUGAUGGAAAAAUUGUUGGAGUUGAGCUGGAAGAAGAACAAGAGCCAGAAUCUGUGACACUUGCAACGGAAGAUAAGUGGAUUGGCAGCGGAAAAACAAAAUCGACAUCUGGCGGGAUCGCACACGAACUCGAGCAACUUGUAGCCGGAGCCAAUCCAGGAGCGGGUCCGCGUCAUCCGUCCCGGCUUGAAGUGGCGUACUUGCAACGACUCGUAGACAAGCAUGGGAGUGACAUUCUACUUAUGGCUCGAGACAGAAAGCUAAAUCCCGAGCAAAGAACCGUGGGGGAAUUGAAAAGAGCACUCCGGCGAUGUGGGUUCGCGCUUGAGGCGAUUUCAACGGCAAGCCAGUCAAAAGAUCGCCGAUAUAAGAAGCUGGAGCUUCCGCACGCCACACCAAUGCCUCCCCGAGCCACUACUCAGGCGACAAUUUCUCGCAGCAACAACCCCUCAACGCGCAGCGUUUCCGCUCCUUACCGAAGGCCUUCCGGCCAACCAAAGUCUACAAGACAACAAUACUCUGCUUGUGGUGCAUGUCGAAUGCGACGAGUCAGAUGCGACCUGAAGGACCUCCCGGUUGCUAAUGGUCCUCACCCAACUUGCUCCAAUUGUCUCGAAAGAGGCUUAAAAUGCGACGAAUUUGCCGAUGUCAAAGCCGUCAAGCUACUUCGACGCGGCCGUCGUCUUCAACAAGUCGAACAGAUUUACGGGAAAGGUGCCCCGGUCGACGAUUCAGCCACAAUACCCCUCCCGCUUGCAGCCCGUCUGCCCAGCAUUAUUCCUCAGCUGAAACCUGAAUUCUUCGCCUCCUCUUUCUGGGCUUGGUUUAGCGCACAACGCCCAAUCCUCGACCCGACCGAGAUCCCCGCGCGAUUCUUUGCUCAUUCCAAAGGGACGCACUCGCUGGGGAAUGAAGGCAAAAUUCUUAUGCACCUGCUUGUCGUCUGGGCAGCUUCGUUUGGCAUCGAUGAAAGUGGUACCCCCGAGACAGAAGAACUGCGACCAUCCUCGGCGUCAGGAGAAGAUCACUCAACUGUUACUUCUCGCCCUAGUAGCACUCUCAUUGCCGAGGGAACAAGAGCCGAGCGUAAAAAUCGCACAGAGGCCAUGGUCCAAGAGAUCCUCGCCCUUAUCGACUCACACGGCGUCAUGCGUCGACCAACUUGGGACGGGGUUCGAGUACUACUCUUGAUUCUACCUCUCAUGGAAGACAUAUCAAUCUCACCCCUCGACCGCCGCUGUAUGUACGAGGCUACUCUCAAUCAAGCAGCAGCCUGUGCGCUUUCUGGUGGUGCUUCCAUGUCGUUGCAUUCAUUUCCUCAUGCUUCUGACGACUCGAUCGUCCGAGCCAGGAUACUCUGGUAUGCUUAUAUGCACGAAGGCAUCACCACUGGAAUGCGCGGUGGUCGAUUCAUCCUCACCGAAGACGAUAUCCAAUCUUUUCAAAGUACCAUCCCCACUUUUGGCUUUAAUCUUGGCACCAACUCUCCACUACCAUCUCCAGUCUCGCCAUCAUUCCCUCCUCACAGCUCGCUCCCUCUCUCAAUUCCCCAUCGUUUAAUUCACCCACAAAGCUCUCACCCCCAACUUGGUUCACCUCUUCGUGCAUAUAUGAACACCGUUGAUAUAUUCUCCAUUCCCCUUGAGCUUAGCGCCGUCUGUCGACGCGUCUAUGUCGUUCUCACUGGUCCUCGCGCUGCCCGGCAGGCACAGGAAGGCGGGGGCAUUGAUGCGGAGGGAAUGCGAAACAUUUGGGACGGCCUUGAACAGUGUUGGGAGGACUUUGAAUCUCUUCGAUGUCGCACAGAUCUCGAUGAAGAGUCUUACCUCUUUAUCACUGCGUGGCAGAUUUACAUUUUCGAAUGCCACAACAUCAUCCGUGAAACCUUAAAACAAUACUCGAUGCACAGCGCAGAUGCGGCCCUAUACGCCACGCCACCCCAUUCAGCGGGUCGGGGAGCUACCUUUUUACCCCCGCACCAGCUUCAUGCGAUUGCUAGCCGCAAGUGUCUCCGAUUGCUUCCAGCGGUCUUGUCGCUCUUGCGUUCGCACUUUGGGCGUGGGAAUCAGAGCAUAUUUGCCUGGGAUGCUGGUCUUGUUCGUGAUGGAUGCUUCUUUGUAGGCUUCCUCUGUGCUACCAUCGACAAUGACGCACAAGAGUUCGUCGUGGAGAACCGGGAGUUUAUGCACCCUGAUAUGGAGGGCAUACGGUCAACUUUGGACACCGAGGAAGGGAUCCGUCUCUCUUUGGCAGUGCUCAAAGAAAUGGCCUGGGCAUUCUCCAAAAGUGAAGAGCGGGAAGACACGGUUCGACGGAUCUGGGACGACAAAAAGAAACGCAAGCUCGAACAACAACAUGCUGCCGCUGCUGCUCAUCAUGGCUACGAUAUGGACUAUCACGCUCCACCACCGCCAACUGCCUAUUCCGACCAGUCCUCGUCCUAUUCAUCAUUCCCACCAAAAUGGGUUUCUGAUGUCGACCCAACAUCACAUCUGCCUCUGAUACUUGGUGAUCGACCUAUUCUACCACCACUUAGCUUACUCAACCAUGGUGCCUCUCCGCGGCCAGGUCCACUCGAUUCCGCGCCUAGUACUGGUUAUAGCAUCGAUGGGUCCGGGGCUCGUGGGAGUGGCUGGCCAACCUACACCCCGCCUGGAACUGCGACAUCGGGGACAAGCACGAGUACAGGCGUCAGUUCAAAUGGCUCGCCAAUAUUUCCGAGCGUCAAUGCUGGAGAUAUGCCGCAAUUUAAGACCGAGGCGGAUACCACAAAUCCGUUCUUCCAUAUGACCCGCGAUUUGGACCACUUCAGUUUCAACUCGCCUGUGACAGUGCGGGACGGAACAGAAUGUUAUGGUGCGCCAACGGGGCUUCUCAAUCCUGUCAGCGGUGCUGUCUUCGACGCCGCUGUCCUGACUCAUUCUGACCACGAUGACAUGGACGCUUGUGGUCAAUUUGGUGAGGCUUGCCCACUGUACCACUAA